UGGAAGGCUGCUGUAAUAACUGACAGACCGAAAAGCACAGGGAAGGGCUUGGCAGCUGUAUAAAGCUCACUCUGCCCUGAGCCCUGCAGAAGUACACCAGCCUCGGCCACCACCAUGACCAGCCAGUCCCAAGGAAUCCAGCAGCUUUUGCAGGCAGAAAAACGUGCCAAGGACAAGCUGGAGGAAGCCAAAAAGAGAAAGGGAAAGAGACUGAAGCAGGCCAAAGAAGAAGCCAUAGCUGAGAUAGACCAUUACCGGUUGCAGAGGGAGAAGGAAUUCAGGAACAAGCAAAUGAACGUAAUGGGCUCCCAAGGUAACCUCUCUGCUCAAAUAGAAGAGCAAACAACAGAAACCGUCCGAAACCUCACCAGCAGCUACCAGAAGAACAAGGAGAGCAUGAUGAAAAAGCUUUUGAACAUGAUAUAUGAUGUCAAGCCCGAAGUCCACCCCAACUUCAGAUAUGCAGCUUAAGACCAACUAUAUCUAGGGAAGGAUGGUUGUAAAAAGUAGCCUUGUUUCUUCAUAACCACAGAUAUUUCCUCCUUUAUUGUUUCUGAAUGUGUGAGAGAGAACACUAAAGCCAAGAGUGCACAGUUCCACAAAGGUUUCUGAUGUGACAAGAACUAUGCAGGGUUUCACAAGCGUUUGUUGGAAUAGUGUUCCCUGUUGGUAGCCAAGCCCCUGUCAUUUGAAGCGGUGCAAGUCAAUAACUGCAGAAGAAAUGAUUAUUUGACACCAGCAGCUUUUCAGUGGAAGUCUCUUUUUUCAUAUAAAAUGCUCUGUACUAGAUAGGUUGUUGCAUAAUGUCUGUUUAUCCCAAUCUUUAGUGUACUUCACGUCAUGUGAAAUAGAAUAUCACAAAAAAUAAAAAGCAUUUCUAUUUAGCCUGUAACAUA